AUGCAAAACAUAACAAAUAUUGAAUCUGGAAACCAAACAACCAUCACAGAAUUCAUCCUCCUGGGAUUUGGGACUCUCCUUGAUCUGCAGAUUCUUCUCUUCCUGGUGUUUCUAGUAAUCUACAUUGUGACCAUGGCCGGGAACAUCCUCAUUGUUGCACUAAUUGUGGCUGAUCGGCACCUUCAUACCCCUAUGUACUUCUUCCUGGCGAACUUGUCCUGUUUGGAGACCUGCUACUCCUCCACCAUCCUGCCCAGGAUGCUGGCCAGUCUCCUGAUGGGGGACAGAACCAUUUCUGUUAACGGCUGUUUUGUGCAGUUCAAUUUGUUUAGCUGUCUCGUGUCUACUGAAUGUUAUCUCUUAGCCUCAAUGUCUUAUGAUCGGUAUUUUGCAAUAUGCAAACCACUGCAUUAUUCAACCCUUAUGAAUUUCAAGUUUUGCACUGAGCUAGCAACUGGGUCAUGGAUAGGUGGCUUUCUGGGUAGCUCUGUGACAACAUAUUUGAUAUCACAGCUAACUUUUUGUGGCCCCAAUGAAAUGGACCAGUUCUUUUGUGAUCUCACCCCAAUGUUAAAACUGUCCUGUACUGACACCCAUCUGAUAGAACUUGUGACUCUCAUCUUAUCCUGUGUGUUUUUAUUGCCCCCAUUUCUACUAACCCUGACAUCCUAUAUUUGUAUCAUCGCUGCCAUCCUGAGAAUCCCUUCCACCAUUGGGAGGCAAAAGGCCUUUUCCACCUGCUCCUCCCACCUCUUCGUGGUGACAGUUUUCUAUGGGACUCUCAUAAUUGUGUAUAUGCUACCAAACACAAUGAGAGAUCUAAACAAAAUAUUCUCUGUCAUCUACACAGUCCUGACUCCUCUGGUCAAUCCAUUCAUCUACAGUCUGAGAAACAAAGAGGUCAAUGAGGCCAUGAGACAAGCUGUCAGGAAACUGUCUUUCACAAGACUGAAGAUAAACUAA